AUGGACGACGACGAUGAUGAGGGCUCGGCCUCACCUUCGUGGAGAUACAACCCCUUCCCGGACAUCCACCCUCACCAGACUCAGCCGCGCUACCACCCCUCGGGCCUCCCGCUCAUCGACCACCACCUCCCACGCCCCGCCUACUAUGACCACUCUCAAGACCCCGGCCAUAAUAACUACGAGGACCCACACACCCGCCACCAUCACCUCCAGCAACCUAGAAGAGCGCCUGCCUUUGAGUCCGCCUUGCGCGCAGCCAGACCUCCUAUAGAACGCGCCUCAUCGUCCACCGCCACGCAAUCACGCCCUGCGGGACUCCAACUCCCCAGGAUGGAAAACAUGGCUUCUUCGGCUUCAGUACGCUUCCCUGGAGACGGCUUCGACUACCGACGGCCAGCUGGAUCGUCUAGGGAACCUGAUAUUGGAUCUGUUGACCUAACAGGGGAAGAGGAAGAUGUGGGCCCGGACUUGAGCCUGCUUGCCCAAGACGACGACAACGGUGACCACGAUGAUGACGAUGACGACGACGACGUUAUCAUCGACCUCACCGCCGACGAAUCUGGGUAUGGGGCUAGUCAGGAUGGCAACAGCGGCCGGCAACGACACGAUCACGCUGAGCAGCAAGACUCGAACCGUGCUCGUGCAAAUGGAGGACCCCGCUUACCGCGGGGCAUGGACAUCAUAAUCGACCUUGACAAUGGUGAAGAAGAGUGGAGAAUGGCCACACCAGCUCCUGAACCAAGUUCCCCUGACAUUGAAUUCAUUUCUUCCCGGACAAUCAAUCCCAGACGCCUACCGCCACCAAAUCUUGCUGGCAACAAUUCCGACGGGGACGAGGUUGAGUUUUUACGAGAAAAUGCUCUGCCAGAGGCCGAAAUUCGACGUCGCAGGACUCGGGAGCUCGACAAUGUCUUGGAUCUUUUCGGUACGCUCAACGGUCGCUUCACACAUCUUCGGGCUCAAGUCGAUCGUUUCAAUGCCCAGAUCAACCGCACCGCGGGCCGCUUCCAUGAGCCUGUUGCUCCCCACCGGAAUCCAAACCGAGGCCAUGCACAUAUCCGUUUGGGUUUCAUUACACCCGUCAUGGACUUUGAGAACACUGGCUUCAACUAUGGGCAGGCAACACGCGAAGCACCAGCACCUCCACCUACCUACGAGGCGCCACCUCAAGCACCCGAGGGCUUCACAAGGAGCCCGGAAGAGGAAGGUGCGCUCAUCUGUCCAAAUUGCGAGGAAGAGCUAUGUGUGGGUAGUGAUGAGAUUAAAAGACAGGUGUGGAUCGUCAAAGGCUGUGGUCAUGUCUACUGUGGAGAAUGCACCACGAAUCGUGCUGCUAAACGUACGGCGAAGGGCAAAGAAAGGCCAGUCAGCACUAACCCGUUCAAGACCUGUGUCGUUGAAGGCUGCGACAAGAAUGUAUCAAACAAGAAAAGCAUGAUCCAGGUCUUCCUUUGA